AUGUCCUUCCUGACUGGAGCCAUCCGCACCGCCGCCGUCAGCACCUCCGCCCGUGCUGCCCUCCUCGGCCGCACCGCCCCCGUUGCCCUCUCCCAGCAGGCUAUUCGCGAUUCGACCUUUGCGACAUCUCCAUGGAUAUGCUUGUCCUCCGGCAUGUCAAAUCCCGAAUCGUGGGGUCCAUCGGGCCCGGACCUUGUGGACGUGGAAGCGACGCGCUCCAAGUGUACAAUCCUUAUCCCAGGCAGGGAUUGCGUUCAAACCAGGCUCGGUCAGAUCAGGCCUGCAGGCAAAUCGCUGCGCAGCGAUCUGCUGGUGCCAGUGCUCGCGAUCCACCAGUCAGCCUGCCUCCAUCUCGCCAUCACACAAGAGCGGCCCAUGCAUCUUGACGUUCCUACUGCUUCAACUGCUGUUGCUACCAACACUGCUGCCGCUGCUAUCCGCGGCUACGCUGCGCACCACGAGGAGGAGUCGUUUGACGCCUUCAACUCGCGCUACGUCGGCUUCUUUGACGCGGUCGAGGACCUAUUUGAGCUGCAGCGCGGCCUGAACAACUGCUUCGCGUACGACCUGGUGCCCUCGCCCGAGGUGAUCGAGUCGGCACUGCGCGCCAGCCGCCGCGUCAACGACUACUCGACCGCCGUGCGCAUCUUCGAGGGUAUCAAGCAGAAGGUCGAGAACCAGAGCCAAUACAAGCAGUACCUCGACGCACUCCAAGGCGUCCGCGAGGAGCUCGGCAUCAAGCUCAAGGAGGAGAUGUACUCGGCAUAA